AUGUUUACUAUUGCUAAUAUAUUUUUUCUUAUCGUCAUAUCCUUAUGUUAUGGUGUACCAACAAUUGAUCGACAAUGUCCACCAGAUACAAACGAUUUUAAGACUAAAGUAGAAAAAUCAUCAAUUGUUGUCUAUGGAAAAGUAAUGGCUAAAAUGUUAGAUGAAGAAAGUGAUUCAACAUUUCAUGUCUUCUUUCAAGUUGAUUGCAUUUUAAAAGGAUCAACAACAUUACGACAAAUUAAUAUAACAAAGGCUGGUCAUGUAGAAGGUAAACAAUAUUGUCAAGAAUUUCCUGUUGGUCGUGGUUAUUCAAUAGCUUUUCUUGAACCAAUAUUAUCAAAUACAACUAAUUAUUAUACAUUUACACCAGCUGAUUUUGUUGAAAUUCUUGUUGAAGAAAAUUCAACAAAUCUAUUAUUAACUCGUACAUGUAAUCUUCAUCAAAUAGUACCUCGUCAAUCAUCAGCAUUAGCUAUUGAAGUAUGUCCAGCUGUAAGCACUGAUCCAAUAUGUCAUGAAAAUUUUGAUGUAACAACAACAAUAAUGACAACUGAUAGUCUUAUGGAUAUAACAAGUAAUAUUUUAUUCGAUGUAACAACAAAUACUGUUUUAUCUGAUACAACAACAACAACAACAACAACAACAACAACAAACAAUCUUCUAGUUGAUACAACAACAAAUAAUGUGUUAUCCGAUAUAACAACAAAUAUAUCAAACGAAAUUUUAUCGAUUUCAAAUGAUAAUGAAUUUUUACCACAGGCAAUUAAUCCGACACAACAAGAAAUAAAUGCUAUUGAAACUAAAUCUCAUAUAAAUCAAGUUGAUGUUGAUCUACACAAUAGUGCUAAAUCAAUAACAUAUAAUACAAUAUCAUUUUAUAAUACUAAUUUGCAUAAAGAUCGAUCAAAUCAUUUAUUAAAUAAAAAUUCAAUAUCAAUCAUUGAUAGUUUCUUAAGUUUAAUAUCAAAUAAAAUGUUUAUAAGAAUUUUUAAACAAAUACUUGUUGGUAGUUCCAUUGGUAUUCUAAAUGGAUCUCUGAUUGGACAAAAAAAUCUUACAAUUAAAUUUAUCGGUUUAUUAACAACAACUAUUUUUAUUAGUGAACAUAUUCUUCAUUUUGUACAAUGGACUUCAUUUAAUAUUGGUAAACUUGAAUAUGAUAAACCAAAAAUGUCUUAUUCAAAUUCAUGUGGAAUAAUAAAAAAUAUCGAUAAUUUCUUUAUUGAUAAUAUGCCAACGAUUGUUUCAUUUCUUUUUUGCUUUUGUACUUCAAUUAUUAAUUAA